AUGUCUUUAUCCCCGAUCGCACAAAUUCUUAGUACGAACAAACUAGUGGGUGAAAAUUAUGUUGACUGGAAACGUAACCUUAAUAUCGUGUUGACGGUAGACAAGCACAAGAAUGUGCUCACCACCCCCUGUCCUCUUAGGCCGACUGAAGAGUCUACUCAAGAGGAGCGAGACGUAUACACUUCUUGGAUGCGUUCCGAUGAGAUUGCUAGGUGCUAUAUUUUAGCAUCAAUUAGCAAUGUGUUGCAGCAGCAACAUCGGAACAUGCUGACGACUGCAGAUAUGAUCUACAUCAUUGCUGAAAUGUUCGGCAGCCAGGGCCAUCAAGCCAAGCAAGCUGCGGUGUGUAACUUCAUGAACUGCCGUAUGAAAUCCGACACUCCUGUUCGGGACCAUAUGCUACUGAUCAUUAGUCACCUGAAUGAGAUGGAGCUCAUGGGAGCUGAGAUAGAUGGGGAGACUCAGGUGGAUAUGAUCCUAGAGACUCUCCCGGAGAUGUUCGACAACUUUAAGCUCAACUACUGA